GCCUUCACGCCAAGCGGACGCGUAACGGCACCAAAAGCUGAACUGAAUACAGAAUCCGGACCCGACAAAGCACACACACUGCUCCACCGUUCCACCAUCAACAACAAGCAACAAAACUAUAUAUAUAUAUCAAACUACUAAUAAAAACCGACGAAAACGAGUAAUAGUUGUGUGGUAGUAUUCAAAGAAUUUCAAUCCCAAAAAAACGUUGACUGUUUUUCGCGUGUGUUAGUGUUAUGUGUGAUAAAUGCUGUGGCGGAAUCUGUGCUUUUUUCGCCGUGUAAAUUAUCCUGCGUGUACCUUAGCGCGUGUGUUUUUUUCCUGCUGUGCGGGAAAGGGGGUCGUUCAUCCUGUGGGUGCUUUGUGAUUGUGUUUGUGCGCAGGACAUAAAAGCUUCUUAUCAGUAGCAAAGCUACAGAGACUGUAUUUUUGUUGAUAUACAACGCCAAGUCCUUGCAAGGCCACCAACCAAAAAAAAAACAAAAAAUAAAACAGCUGGCAGUGGUACAACCAACCCUACACUUUUUGAUACAAAUAAAAGUAACUUUUGUAAUAUUUAUAAAAGAACAACAAAAAAGAAAUAAAAAAUUUAUAAAUAUAGAAUAAUAAUAAAUAGAAAAAAAAGAAGGAAAAACCAAAUACAAUAUUUUUGAUUGAAUUUGAGCCCGGAACAUAAGAGAACACCAAAAUGUCUUCCAUGGCUGCAUUUGAUCAGUUCAAAAUUGGACUCAAAAUGGUGGACUUCAAGGUGCAACAGCGUCGCUAUAGAACCAGCGAAAAGACUGUCGUUAGCACUACCUAUGGACCCAUCAAAGGUGUCAAACGGAAGUCCAUCUAUGGCCAGCCAUAUUUCAGUUUCGAACGCAUACCCUUUGCCAAACCACCUCUCGGAGAGCUACGCUAUAAGGCGCCACAACCGCCAGAGAUCUGGACGGAGGUGCGCAGCUGUACGUCACAGGGUCCAAAGCCAUUGCAAAAGCAUUUUGUAUUCGAUAUGACGGAUGGUUCCGAGGACUGCCUGUACCUCAAUGUCUACACAAAGAAUUUAUAUCCCACCAAACCCAUGCCAGUGAUGGUCUGGAUCUAUGGCGGGGGCUUCCAAUUUGGUGAGGCCUCCCGCGAGUGCUACAGUCCCGACUAUUUGCUGCGCGAAGAUGUCGUCGUGAUAUCCAUCAACUAUCGAUUGGGUCCAUUAGGUUUCCUUUGCUUAGACGAUCCUGAGCUUGAUGUACCCGGCAAUGCUGGACUGAAGGAUCAGGUGAUGGCCCUGCGUUGGGUCAAGGCCAAUUGUUCUCGGUUUGGCGGUGAUUCCGGGAACAUAACUAUUUUUGGUGAUAGCGCUGGCAGCGCCUCCGUACACUACAUGAUGAUCACAGAGCAGACACGCGGCCUCUUCCACAAGGCCAUUUGCAUGUCGGGCAACACAUUAUCCCCCUGGGCGGUCACGCCACAGCGGAAUUGGCCAUAUCGUCUUGCCGUCCAGGCGGGCUACACGGGUGAGAAUAAUACCCGCGAUGUCUGGGAGUUUCUCAACAAUGCCAAGGGUUCGGACAUAAUUAAAGCGAACGCCGAUCUGUGCAUCGAUGCCGAGAAAAAGGAGCGUAUUGGUUUCUCUUUUGGACCCGUCAUCGAACCCUUUGAAACGAGCCACUGUGUGGUGCCCAAGAAGCCCAUCGAAAUGAUGCGCACCGCUUGGAGCAAUAGUAUACCCCUCAUCCUGGGUGGCGUCUCCAAUGAGGGUCUACUGCUGUAUGCGGAGACCAAAGCCAAGCCAAAUUGUCUGAAUGAGCUGGAUGAUUGCCGAUUUGUGGUGCCCAUUGAACUGAAUAUGGAUCGAGAUAGUGCACUAUGCAAAGACUAUGGCGAACAGUUGAGGGAGUGCUACUAUGGCGACAAAACGCCAAGUCUGGACACUCUUCACGAGUACCUAAAGAUGGUCUCCCAUGAGUACUUCUGGUUCCCCAUCUAUCGCACAGUAUUGUCCCGCCUGGAGUAUGCCAGGAGUGCACCCACCUAUUUGUAUCGCUUUGACUUCGAUUCAAAGCACUUCAAUCACCUGCGUAUCCUUAGCUGUGGCAAGAAGGUGCGUGGCACCUGCCACGGCGACGAUCUCUCCUAUCUCUUCUACAAUUCACUGGCCCGCAAACAGAAGAUCCAUACGCGCGAAUACAAGUGCAUUGAGCGUCUGGUGGGUCUCUGGACACAUUUUGCUGCCUAUGGCAAUCCCAACUUUGACCCAGAUCAGUCGGAACUGUGGCAGCCCGUGUCUGCGGCGUCCGUCGAAAAGCAUCAGCUAAAGUGCCUUAAUAUAUCCGAUGAGCUGAAAAUAAUCGAUGUGCCCGAGCUGCGUAAGCUGAUGGUCUGGGAGAGUUUCUUCAGACGCGACGAGCUGCUUUGAGGUGUGUGGAACUGCGAUUGCGACUGGCGAUUGGUGUGGAAUGGAAUGUGUGGAGUAUCUCCACUUAGAUGUAGAUCUGUAGCUUUAUCUGUACGAUUCUAACAGCUUUAUGUUCGAAAGCCUCUGUUCAAAACAAUGCAAAAGCGUAGCUUUAGACCUAAACAAAAAGAAAAAAGAAAAAGAAAAAAAACCGCCCCCCCCUCUACUGUUGUUAAGUUUUUGCCAAUAUCGAAAGAUUCUAUUUAAGUGUGUUAAAGUUUUAGCAGCUUCGAAAUCUAUCUGGAAUAGGUCGGAACUAUAUCGGGAAGCGUUAUGUAAGCCAGGCAAUAGUUAUGAGUAUGAAACACAAGUCGCAACUGAAGUACCUUCUAUGAGAAACUACAAGAAAACAAACAAAAAAAAACAAACAAAUAAAAAACAAAAAACAAACAAAUACAGUAAUCAAAGACAGCCAAGGAAUCUGAGCUAAGCGAAAAUGUUAUAAAUCUAAUUUAAAUGUUCCUUUAAAUGAGUCGCGUCGCUAAUGAAACAAAA